AUGGUGGUGUAUUUUCAGCUAGUCAUUUUGAUAUAUUUUCUCUUACCAUUUCAUGCGGAUGAAUUAAUCGAUCAAAAUUCAUUAACGUGCGAUAGUAAAAAUGUUGACAGUUGUACACUAUCAAAUAUCAAAGAAUCAUCAUCAUCAUCAUCAUAUCUGUUAGACAAAAUUGAUAAAACUUAUUAUUUUCUUUAUGAUGUUAAUCAUGGCGAAGGUUUUAAUUUAAGACGUGAUGUUUAUGUACGUAUCGCUAAUCUUGUCUACAAUCUUCGUGAGAAAACAAAUCAGGAAUGGAUUCUUGUAUUGCCUCCAAUAGGUCCAUUAUAUCAUUGGUUCAAUUAUGAGUUAAAACGUACUCAAAUACCAUGGUCUCAAUUUUUUGAUAUUGAAAGUUUAAAUCGUUUUGUGCCUGUAAUUGAAUUUAAUGAUUUUCUUAAAAAAUUCAAUCUUCAACAAAAUCAACCAGUUGUAAUUGACUAUGUCUAUUAUUUACAACAUUUUAAAGAAGGAUGGGGUGAACAUUUUGAAGAAAAAGUAGAAUUACGAACAUGCAAUGAAGAAAAUACAUAUUAUGACUACGAUAAUCAUGAACAUUUAUUUAAUGGUUGGUUUUUUGGUUAUGAUAAUAUACGUUCAAAACAAUUUCAUUGUUUAUCCGCUCAAGGUUUUGUCAAUAUACUAAUUGAUUUUAUUAUCAAAAAUUUGACAUGGCCAUCACAAACAAUGAAACCAAAAAGUGUUUUAUUUGAUCGAGCAGAAACAUUAUUACAUAAUGAUUAUGGUGGUAUAAACUAUUGGCGUGCAAGAAGAAGUAAUCGGAUUCGUUCUCAACAGUUGAAUUCAACAGAUGAAAAUGAUCGUACAAAACUAAUCUAUGAUUGGACCAAAAUGAAACGUGAGCACGGUGCUGCUAUUGGUGGUCCUUAUAUUAGUGUUCAUUUACGUCGUCGAGAUUAUGUUCAGGCACGUUCGAAACAAAUUCCAUCAUUAGCAUCUGCCGCUAAACAAUUAUGUGUUCUAUUAGACAAAUAUCAGUUAGAUCAAAUCUAUUUAUCUACGGAUGCUGAUGAAAAUGAAAUUCAAGAAUUUAAAACAUACGUAUCAAAUAUUAAUUCAACCUAUCGUGUUAUCCACUAUAAACCGGAUAAAACUGAAUUAGAAACAAUUUUGGACGGUGGUAAAGCUAUUAUUGAUCAGUGGAUAUGUGCACAUGGAAAAUAUUUUAUUGGUAGUUAUGAAUCAACGUUUACAUUUCGAAUCCAAGAAGAUCGAGAGAUAUUUGGUUUUUCAAAAGAGACAACGUUCAAUCGUCUAUGCGGUGGUGACUCAGAUAAUUGUGAAAAAUCAUCGGUAUGGACAAUUGUCUAUUGA